UCAACCAAACUGUUGUUGGCUGUACUUUUGUAAGGCUUCGAAGACUCCACAUCUCUUCUUUCUCUGUCUGAACAAAUCUGAAACCACUUUUUUCGUCUCCUUCCAUGAACAUGCACCGAAGCUACAGAAAAAACUUCAUCCGUUACGGAUUUUAAUUUAUAAGAGUAGAGAUUUGUGGAUUUUAAUUUAACAUCAUCUAUACAUCAUACUUGGUUUUUAAAAAUGAAUUUUAGCGGUUUUCUCCAUCACGACGACAACAAAUCCUCCGGUGGUGGAAACGAUUUCUCUUCCGCCGCUAUGUCCGGUGGCGGUAGUCUCGUUAAAUCUAUAUUCUCUUCUCCCCGUCUCUCUCUUGGCCUCCAGCAAACGAACGGAGAAGCCACAAGAACAGGCGAGAGUUUCGAGGUGAGUGUUAGUCGGAGAAGUCCAGAGAGCAGAUCUGGAAGCGAUAACGCCGAAGCACUCUCCGGCGACGAUGACUUUGACGCUUCUGAUAGACCUUUGAAGAAAAAGAAACGUUACCACCGACAUACUCCUCAACAAAUUCAAGAACUCGAAUUGGUUUUCAAGGAGUGUCCUCAUCCCGAUGAGAAACAACGGCUAGAUCUUAGCCGUCGGCUUAACUUGGAUUCUCAACAAGUCAAGUUCUGGUUCCAAAACCGCCGUACUCAGAUGAAGACGCAAAUUGAGCGCCAUGAAAACUCUUUAUUGAGACAAGAGAACGAUAAGCUCCGAGCAGAGAACAUGUCUGCACGAGAAGCCAUUAGGAAUCCGAUGUGUGGUCAUUGCGGUGGCGCCGCCGUUCUCGGCGAGAUUUCGCUUGAAGAGCACCACUUAAGGAUUGAGAACUCACGCCUUAAAGACGAACUUGACCGUAUAUGUGCCUUAGCCGGUAAAUUCAUUAACCGGUCUGACGAUGACGCAACCGGUUCACAUAAUCUGUUACCAAACUCCGCACUUCAACUCGGUGUCGGUACCAAAAACGGUUACGGUGGUGGCGGUUUCACUCUCGUCCCACCUGCUGGAUUCGAGAUUUCGUCUCCUUUCUUCUCCGGUAUAGUAGCUCCGGUUAACCGUGCCACGGAUGUUGGGACCGGUCUUGAUCAGAAAUCAUUGUAUUUGGAGUUGGCUCUUUCCGCAAUGGACGAGCUCGUGAAAAUGACGCAGACAAGCGAACCGCUUUGGAUACCAAGCUCAAAAGGCAAAGGCGAAAUGCUUAACCGUGAAGAAUACGAGAAAAUUUUCACACCUUGCCUUGGUCCUAAACCGGACGGGUUUGUCUCCGAAGCUUCUAAAGAAGUUGGAAUGGUUAUCAUCAAUAGCUUAGCCCUAGUCGAAACCUUAAUGGACUCGGAACGAUGGGCCGAGAUGUUUCCGUGUAUGAUCGCAAGAAAUUCGACUAGUGAAAUAAUCUCUAGGGGUAUGGGAGGGACAAGAAACGGUGCUCUUUAUUUGAUGCAAGCAGAGCUUCAGUUGCUCUCACCUCUUGUGCCGGUUCGUCAAGUGACGUUCUUGAGGUUUUGUAAGCAACAUGCAGAAGGUGUUUGGGCGGUUGUGGAUGUCUCUGUUGAUAGAAUUAGCGACCGAGUUGGCUCGGCCUCUGCUCAGAGUCAGACGUCUCUGAGCUGUAGAAGGCUACCGACUGGUUGCCUUGUGCAAGACAUGCCAAAUGGCUACUCUAAGGUAACAUGGAUUGACCACACCGAGUACGAUGACACCCAUAUCCACCACUUGUAUCGUUCAUUAGUCAGCUCAGGUCUCGCCUUCGGAUCCAAACGGUGGAUAUCAGCUUUGCAACGACAAUGCGAAAGCCUCACCAUCCUCAUGUCCUCAGCAAUCCCCAACCGCGACAAACCCACACCCAUAAGCUCUAUAGGAAAGAAAAGCAUGUUGAAGCUAGCACAAAGAAUGACUCAAAAGUUCUGUAGAGGCGUAUGCGCUUCUUCUUCCCAAAAAUGGAGUAAACUUGAGAUUGGUAACAUCGAUGAAGACGUGAGGAUCAUGACUGGAAAGAACAUGGAUGAUUCCGGCGAACCACCGGGGAUUCUCCUAAGCGCAGCCACAUCCGUGUGGAUACCAGUUCCACCGCGACGGCUCUUUGACUUUCUGAGAGAUGUGCUUUUGAGAUCGGAGUGGGACAUUUUAUCCAACGGUGGACCAAUGCAGGAGAUUGCUAACAUCUUCAAGGGCCAAGAUCAAUCCAACUCCGUCUCCUUACUCCGAUCCACCGCGAUGAAUGCGAAUCAGAGUAGUAUGUUGAUACUACAAGAGACGAGCAUAGAUGCAUCUGGUGCGGUUGUUGUGUACGCACCUGUAGAUAUCCCUGCGAUGCAUUCUGUGAUGAAGGGUGCAGAUUCGGCUUACGUGGCUUUGCUUCCUUCUGGGUUUGGUAUUCUCCCAGAUGGUCAAGGGAUGGAGGAAACCGGUUCGCUUCUCACUGUGGCCUUUCAGAUUUUGGUUAACUCUCUUCCUACGGCUAAGCUCAACGUGGAAUCAAUCGAGACCGUUAACAAUCUGAUAUCAUGCACCAUUCAGAAAAUCAGAGCCGCUCUUAGAUGUGAUAAAUAAUAGCUAUAAUGUGCUUUUUGGAGUCAAGAACGAACAAUUGCAUGUGGUCCGUUUGAUGGUUCGGGUAUUUGACUCACCAAUCUGUUAUUGUGUCUAUAUUUGGUGAUUAGGCUUCAAUAUUUUUGUCGGAGGUGCGAUAUAAAAAAAAUAUUUGCCAUUA